UUGUUUAUAAAAGGAGCCGGGGGGUGCAUGGCUUGCCUGCGCAUCGGUUGUUCGUAGUAGCAUCCAUCAGGAGCAACAAUGGCGAGGCAACAAGUUGCUUCUUCCAUGCUUGCGCUUGCUCUCAUCGUUGGGGCAUUCGCCUCCAUUCCUACAGCCGUGCAAUCCAUCGGCGUCUGCUACGGCGUCCUGGGCAACAACCUCCCGUCUCGGAGCGACGUGGUGCAGCUCUACAAGUCCAGGGGCAUCAACGGCAUGCGCAUCUACUUCCCCGACAGGCAGGCCCUCGACGCCCUCCGCGGCUCCGGCAUCGGCCUCAUCCUCGACACCGGCAACGACGUCCUCGCCCAGCUGGCCUCCAGCGCCUCCAGCGCCACGUCGUGGGUCCAGAGCAACGUGCGGCCCUACUACCCGGCCGUCAACAUCAAGUACAUCGCCGUCGGCAACGAGGUCCAGGGCGGCGCCGCGCAGAGCAUCCUCCCGGCGAUGCGGAACAUCAACGCCGCCCUGGCCGCGGCGGGGCUCAGCGCCAUCAAGGUCUCCACGUCGGUGCGGUUCGACGUCGUCGCCAACUCCUUCCCGCCGUCCAGCGGCGUGUUCGCGCAGGGGUACAUGGCCGACAUCGCGCGGUACCUGGCGGGCACCGGCGCGCCGCUGCUGGCGAACGUGUACCCCUACUUCGCGUACCGGGGCAACCCGCGCGACAUCAGCCUCGGCUACGCGACGUUCCGGCCGGGCACCACCGUGAGGGACAGCGGCAACGGGCUGACGUACAGGAACCUGUUCGACGCCAUGGUGGACGCCGUGGUGGCGGCGCUGGAGAAGGCCGGCGCGGGGGGCGUGAGGGUCGUGGUCUCCGAGAGCGGGUGGCCGUCGGGCGGCGGGUUCGGGGCGAGCGUGGACAACGCGCGGAGCUACAACCAGGGGCUGAUCGACCACGUCGGGCGCGGCACGCCCAAGAGGCCCGGGGCGCUGGAGACCUUCAUCUUCGCCAUGUUCAACGAGAACCAGAAGGGCGGGGACCCCACGGAGAGGAACUUCGGGCUCUUCUACCCCAACAAGCAGCCCGUGUACCCGAUCCGGUUCUAAGAAUCAAGAGCUUCGGAUCCAUCCGAUGGAUAGAUAUAUACCAAUAAACCUAGAUGGGGUAUGCAUGAAGAUGCUGGGAGAAGCAUCCAUCUUCUUCGUUGCUUUAGCAGCCUACAAACAAAUACUGUACUAAUAAGCUGCAGCUGCAUGCACAGCAGCAGGGGUAAUUAAUAAAGGGAAAGCACAUCUAUGGAUUGUGAGCCCAAUUAUUGA